CCAUACCAAAGCCACCGCUCCUCCUGAGUCCCAACUGCUCCACCUCCCUCCUCUAAUCUCACAUCAUGUCGACGGCGGCUGCAUCUAGGCCCAGCGGCCCUGUCCUUCUGAGCCCCUUUCCCAACUACCAAUCCGCCUCGCUCUCCCGUGUCAUGCUCUCCGGCGGCGGCUCGCCGGUCAAGUCCGUCAGCGUCUCGUCUCCCCCCUCCUCUCCCGUGGGCGGCGCCGCCAAGAUCCGUCGGUCCUGCAUGUGCUCCCCGACGAACCACCCGGGCUCGUUCCGCUGCAGCCUCCACAAGGAGCGCAAGCAGAGGGCCCCCGCCGCCGUCGGCAGCUACAGCAUGCCGAUCUUCCCGCCUUCGCCGCCGUCCAUCGGCAGCGGCUACUCUAGCCGCAUGGUAAACGUGCUAGCGCAGCGCGUUCCCAUGGGCCCCGGGCACUGGGCGCGCAGGGCGCUCGCGCCGUCUCCCACUGUACAGCAGCUAAAGCACAGGAAGCGCGCCGACCGGUUCCGCGCCGGGGCCAGCCGGCUCUCCGCCGCAUCCAUGGCCGGAGGCCGUGCAGGCGGCAGCAAGCAGUAAAAAAACCAGCGUCGACAUGCCAUAGCAGUACAUACUGUACAUAGGAAAGAAACUCCCCGAAUAAUUCCGGUCGCUGUAUAGAAGAUCGGUGGGGAUUAGGCAAGAAGGCUGGAGUUUUAAGACCCAAUUUCAUCCCGGCCUUAUCAAUUAGCUAGCUUAUAGAGUGGCUGUACAUAGAGUGAGCCUCUUCUUCCGCUCCGCUGCACAGGCUGGUCACAAUGGACAAGAACAUAAGCUAGUAACUUCACACUUUCCUAGACUAUGUUACUCCCAUAGUGGGUAGGAACAUCUAUGUAGUGUUAUGUAAUGAUGUAUUUAUUAGGUUAUAGACUAAUUGUUUCUUGGAGCGUGUGAUGUUCCGGUAACUUAGCUAGUUACCACAAGCACCUCUCUCUUCAUUAAAUACGUGCCACAUAAGCAAAGUUGUAUUGGAGUGUGUGAUGUUACUCCUAAGUUCCUCCCCACUGUGACCAGCCACAUAGAGUGAGUUCGUCCUCCCUGCCCGCUAGCUGUGUAUAACCCUUGAUUUUGGUUUUGGAUAUACAUCAAUCAUGAGUGACAAAUUGGAGACAAA